AUGUCAUUUUUUGAAUAGCAAGGCUAAGAGUUAUAAAUUAGGAAGGCUGAUUUGGAUGACUAUGACGAGAUUGUGUAAUUGAUGUAGGAGGAAGGUGAGGAGGAUUUGCAGCAGUUAUAUGCUUACCCAAAAAUUCUCACUUUAUUUGAGCGCUCCUAUCUCUCGGUGACAGUGCUUGACUCCCAAAAUAACAUCAUAGGAAAUGCAGUAUUUGAUGAUUGUCCUUAAGGUGUUACUGGAUAAGUGGACUUCAAACACGAGAAUUUGUGGGAAUAAUGGAUUCAUGAUGGAUGGGACAUUGGCUUUCAUGUAAGUUCAUUCAACUGUCUUUGGAUGACUUUCUUUUUUCUUGAUCUAGCUAAGAAGCGAUUCCAAUUGACUGAAGAUCAACAGUUACAGAUAACCAAACAAAUCUUUCAAAAAGUCUAUGAUUAUUUGAAUGUUGUCAAUGGGAUCUUCUUUUUGAGAAGGAGUGAAGCAAUUGAUGCCACUCAAUAAGAAUUGGAUAUCGCAUUAGAGAACUUAUUUGAAAUUCUCCCAAAAAGACAAGAUUUCAAAUUGAAAGUAUGCAUAAAGUCUAAAAAUAAUAGUUCAUGCAAGGAAAGUGAAUCAGAAUUGUGA